GAAGCGAAAAUCAAAAAUAUGAAUUCGUAAAUAAUAGACAACUUUUAAUAUAUAAACAACAACCCCUAUUUAAUCUCCUGUAAACAAACAAAUACCUCAUUUACCACAGGACAAUUAGAGGCAAAUGUCGUUCCUAAGUGUGAAAAUUGGCACCAUCAUAAUCCUCUGGUAUAUAAUGUCCUAUAAAGUGUCCUUUGGUGUAUUCAUAUUGGGAUCACUAACUGCCAUAACUUCAAUUGGUUACUUGAUCCUCACAUUCAAACCAAGACGACGACUCACACAAGCCCCCUCAAAACACAACAGAUUCAAAUUUACGUUACCCGAACAAUGGCAAAUCGAACUUAAAUCAUUUGAAACUGACAAACAGGAAUUACACAAACCAACUACUGAUUCACUAAUAAUAUCAACCGUAUUAGACGAAUUAAUCCAAUUGAUAAUCAAAGAAUUCAUACAAUCAUGGUAUAAAGAAAUCACACAAUCAUCCUUAGUUACUGACUCGAUAGCUAUUGAAAUCAAACAAGUUAUACGCAACAUAAUUGACCGUUUGGAGAAAAUCGACUUUACCAAAUUACUAGUAUCACGAAUAUUACCAAUAAUUCAAGACCAUUUCCAAGCAUCAUCACAGGCUGAAAAUUAUGUCAAAGCUAAAGGAAACUUUUCAAAAUUUGAUUCUCGUGAUUUCCAAUUGGCAGUUGCACAACAAUACAAAAGAGGAAAGCUUCAUCGAGCAGUUACAGUUGCGCUGGCACAACCAUUAGAUAUUAACCAAAAGAAAUACUUACGUGGAAAAAUCGGUGCUUGUCUUCCUUUUAUCUUGUCUGAUAAUGAAAGGGAUAAUGAAGUUGGGGUAUCAUUAGUCACUGAAAUCAUAGCAUGCACAGUAUUAUCAAAUAUAGUCAAUUUAGUAACCGAAGCAGAUUUCUACAAUGUUAUAAUUGUUAAAUUAAUUGGGGAUAAUUUAAGACGUCGUGAUCAAGUUAAACAAUUAAGAGCUGCGUUGGAAGAACACACACAGUUGAAACGACCAUUAAAAGAGGUGCCAAAUUUUGAUGUUGAUAUAGACAGUUUGUCUACCUCCAUAGAAACAACCACCGAUAUCACCAGUAAGAAACAACAGCUUACACUUUCCAACUUAAAAGGUUCUAUAACACUUCGAGAUAUUUUAAGCAAUCCAUCUAAGUUGAUCAUAUUCAGAGAAUUCUUAACUAAGAAAGUAAAAGAAAGUUUUGUUGACUUCUGGUCCUCUGUUGAAGCAAUAAAAUCUCCUUUGGAAGAGGAAACCACACUUUUGUUGGAGUAUACCGAUAUCAAUGAUAUCCAUGAUAUUUAUAGCAGAUACAUUGAACCAGGUAUUAUUAGAGCUAACAAUAAAGAGAUAUUUGUUGAUUUGUUUAAUCUGAAAGAGGAAGACAAACUUAAUCUUUACCACGAGGCUAGAACUUAUUUAUUGCAGCUACAACAAGAAGUAUAUUCCAUUAUCGACAAUGAAUAUUUACCGCUAUUUAAAGAAUCUGAGUUUUUCGAAAAUUUGAUAACAGGGAAUAAUGAAUCAUCCCAACCAGUACCAGUUAAUCCUGAAAUUGUUCAUGCUGUUGAAAGUGCAUUCUCCCAAAUUAUGAGCAAGCAAGAAAUUCAAGAUGAACAAAUGAUGUCAAAGAAGGAAUUAUUUGAAUCAUCAUCUAGUCUAUUUGAUGAGGAAGAUGACGAUGAUAACCAAUCUAACCGGAAGUUAUUUGACAGUGACGAAGAAUCAGAUAGCGAUUCAUUAAACUUUGAUUCCGAUACCCCGGCCCCAUCACUUACUGACCUGGAAUUGCAAUUGGCCGCACCUGGUAAUUUAAACCUAGCUGAAGAAAUCAGGAAACUCAACGAUGAAUCUGACAAUUUACACCGACAAAUGGCUGUUUUGGAACCAUUAAUCAUUAAGGCUGAAUUGACCAAUAAUCUCAGUGAAUUGAAAGUCUUACAACGAUCCAAACAAGCAUUAAUUCGAGAGAUUAAUUUUAAAGAACUACAAAAACAACAAUAUAUUGUUCAAGAAAAUGAUAAUAGUUUAUAUGGGAAAUCACGCGUGUGCAUCCAGUCAUAUAUCAGUAGUAAUGAAAACAACAAAGAAUUUACACUUUAUAUUAUUGAAGUCCAGAAAUACUCCAAUGAUGAUCCAAAUAUCACUACUGCAGGAUGGGUAGUUGCCAGACGAUUCAGUCAAUUUUAUCGAUUACACGAAUACUUGAAGUUGAAGUAUCCAUCAGUGGCCCAUAUCAAAUUUCCUAAACGUUCAAUGCUAAAAUUUCAACAUCAACAAUUGAUUGAAAUCAGACAAAAGGCAUUAGAAAGAUAUUUACAGGAAUUAAUUAAAAUCCCCGAGAUUUGUUCAAACAAAGCAUUCAGAUCUUUCUUAUCAUCGGAGAAUUUUAGCUUACAUAAGAAUCAACCAUUUGGAGAUGCUGAAUUUCUUGCUAAUAAAUGGUAUCGAGGAAUAUAUGACAAGUUUAUGCCAAUAUCUGGUAGUCAUGAUAUACCUAACAAUCCAAUCGAAGCUGAAUCACAAAUAGUAGAAAAUAUCAGAGAUAUGGAAAAAGAAUUGAAACAGUUUGACGAAGGAACAAAUACAAAAACUACUGUGUUUGUCAAGCCAAUAUGUGAUUUGUUAAUCACGGUAUUUAGACUUUCGAAUUCAAAAAGUUGGCUAAGGGGAAGAGCAUUGGUUGUUAUAUUGCAACAAUUAUUUGGGACAACUAUUGAAAAGAAAGUGUACCAAACUGAAGCACAAUUUAAAACAGAGCAAAAUUUGCUUGAACUUGUUCUUUUAUUAAAGAACACUAUAUUCCCCAAUGGUAAAUUCAAGGACCCUCCAGUGCUUCGAACUCUUUAUCAGCAAUCAAAUACAAGACAAGAAGCAAAGGGACUAUGGCUGGUAUUUAUGUAUGAAACAUGUUCUACGAUAUUUGGUACUUCAAAUACUACAUUUGCUUCUAAUGCUUUAUUCCGAAUGAUUCAAAAUGAUUAUUUGAAUAAGCAUUUGGUGUUUGAAAUAUUUGAUGAGUUGUUCAAUGAGAUAUUUCCCGAGGUGGCUAAUAGUUGAAGUCUCACCCCCUCUAACUUUCAAGUAAGGGUUCAAGUUUAAGCGCUGUUGCAUGAAAUGGGAAAUUUACGACUGCGAGGGUUUAGGACAUCUCAAACGAAUACACUUAUGGGCCCAAUAAAUCAUUGUGUAGCGUGCAUGAUAAACAUAACUAGAAUUUAGUGAAGUAAUAUACACACUAAAUUUUUGUAACAAAA